UCCAUGGAAAAUUUAGCUCAUUGUUCGCCAGAAUGCCAGAGUGCCAGAAUGCGAUGCGAAUGCGACCGAAUAGCACCAACAGCAGCAGCAGUAGUAGCAGUAGUAGCAGUUGGCCGUGUCGGGGGAACGAGCUAACUGACAUUUAGACUCUCAACGACUCGGUAACGCUCCCUGCUGCCUAUUUGCCUGUCUAAUUAAACGGUAAACUUUUCUUAUGGCCAUUCAAUUCCCACACCGAUCUGUUCAGUUAUUUGGUAGUUAGUUCGUCGUCGAAAGAUGUCCGUAAUCGAAAGUUUUCGGGGUACUCGGGAUGAAAGUUAUCCGUGAGUGAGUGGGGAAAUUUUCUGUGUGUUUAUGGACUCGAUGCUAAUUGAAUUGUCAUUGAUUAAUUGAGCCUGGCCAAAAAUUGUUCGAUACUGCAAAGGCAAUAACUUCCAGUCGUCACGAGUGUAGAUGGAUAUAGAUGCUUCAGAAAACGAGAACGAGAAGCCUACACAGAGAAAAACUCAUUCUGAAAUGCCCUGCCUCAAAUCUCAAAUUAUUGAUAUACGAGUACAGCUACAGCCAAAAAAAUUUCGAGUGCUGCGUAAAAAUCAGCUGGAUCAUAAAAUGGGUGGCUUUUUGGAAAAACCGGAAACGGAAAAGCAUGCUCAGGAGGGUCACGGAAAUGGUCUGCGUUACUGCGUGAGUUCCAUGCAAGGUUGGCGAUUGGAAAUGGAGGAUAGCCACGCGGCUUCUUGUCGAGUUAAGGAUCCCUAUGCGAAGUGGUCCUAUUUCGCGGUAUUCGAUGGUCACGCUGGCAGUCAAAUAUCACAGCACUGCGCUGAACACCUAUUGAGUACUAUAUUGGAAACCGACUCAUUUUUAAGGGAGAAAUACGAGGCUGGAAUACGAGAGGGCUUCCUGCAGUUGGAUGACGAUAUGAGAAAGCAGUAUCAGGACAAGCAGGGUGGCUCCACGGCCAUUUGUGUUUUCGUAUCUCCCGAUAAAAUAUAUCUGGCCAAUUGUGGCGAUUCGCGAGCUGUGAUAUCGCGAAAUGGAACAGCUGUCGUCAGCACAAUUGAUCACAAGCCAUUUACUCCCAAAGAGCAAGAACGAAUUCAGAAUGCCGGAGGCAGUGUAAUGAUUAAACGGGUAAAUGGCAUUUUGGCCGUUUCCCGGGCAUUGGGAGACUAUGAUUUCAAAAAUGAUAUCUCCAAGUCUCAGGUCGAUCAGAUGGUUUCACCGGAACCGGAUAUAACUGUUUGCAAUCGUUCCGAACAAGAUGAAUUUAUAGUUAUAGCUUGCGAUGGCAUUUGGGAUGUGAUGACUAGCAACGAGGUUUGUGAAUUUAUUAGCUCACGCCUUUUGGUGACCUAUGACCUGCCGAUGAUUGUCAACAGCGUAUUGGAUAUUUGCCUGCAUAAAGGCAGCAGGGACAAUAUGACUCUGCUCCUUCUACUUUUGCCUGGAGCACCGAAAGUAGAUAUGGAUGCCGUCAAGGCCGAGAGGAGCCUUGAUCAAACUAUUGUUCAGAUAACCAGAGAAGUGAUUGAGAAGCACGAAAUACACGACUUUGAAACACUCAUUCGACUGAUGAAAAGAAUGGCCAUCAACAUUCCAAAUCUACCACCUGGAGGUGGUCUUUAUGCAAAAUAUUAUAUUAUUGAGCAAGCUUUUCACGAGAAAUUCCCUGAUACUCCGGCUGAAAUAUAUGACUAUUUUUCUAUGUAGAAUAUUUGAUGAUUGGAAAAUAAAACAUAACUAGAGUAAAUUGUUAUAGUUUA